AUGUCCGAGCAUAUCCUCUAUGCGAAGCCGCUCGUAGUUACGGAAGAGAAGUUGAGAGAGGCUCGAGAAAAGCAGCAGAAGCAGAGAGCACUUCGGGAGGCACUAGAUACGCAAAUAGAGCAGUCCAAAAAGCGCAAGCAAGGCGGAGCCUCUCAAAAAAAGAAUGGUUCUGGUGCCGCAAAUGAUGGAGUAGGGCAACGGUACACUUUCAGCUAUGAAAAUGGAUAUGGUAAGUUUGUUCAGCGAGAUGAAGAUACAGAUAUAAUUGAAAAUCCAACGACGACAUCAAUAAAGAGGGCAGGGCAGAAUAAGCCCGCAAGCCCUACGGCUCAACAACGGCCCCUCUACCAGUCGAACUCACUUCCACCAAACUUUGCAAUGAGUACGUCAGAAUCAAACCCUUUAGCGCCCAAACGGCCCGAGUACAAUACCAAAUCCCUUCCUGUCGACUUAGUGAGUAAUAAAGCCAAAAUUAAUGGUGCUUGCAACAUCGUCUCGCCGCGUAUUCGGGAGCUCUUACCACGAGGCAGGUCUUCUCAACGAAGUCCUCCGCCUAUGGAUGCAUCUGGUGAGGCCGAGUAUCAGACAAACUGUCUCCCGCGUAACUUCAACCUGGAGGAUGUGAAGAAGCAGUUCCAGCAACAGCAGCAGCAGCAACGGCUUCCUUUAAGCCCCCAGAGGACCGGGGUUCCUGCUGGUGGAUUACGAUCCCCAUUCUCUAUUUCUCCCCGAACACCGAAACGCCCAGGAGGUCCACUGCCUCCGUUAGAGCAUCUCGAGGGGGCGAAUGGAAGGCGGGCAUCAGGACGGGUGUCACCAACGUUCGAAGUUGAUGGCUCGCCGACACUGGAGCAUUUAGUGGCCCAGGGUCAGGGCCCAGGAACUCCGCGGCCACUGAAGCCAAAGCAACCACCUGCGCUACGUAGAAAGUCGAAUGAAACACGCGCCCGCCCCACUCCCGGAGCUGUGGCACCCCGCAGUGUUCAGACAAGAGUCACAGAGAACAAGGUGGAGAGGUUACAAAAGGAGCUGGAGUCGCGCGACUUUGCAAUGGCGAAAAUGCGUGAAAAGGAAAGAAAUUGGGAGGAGCAGGUGAAGCAGUUGAAAUUAGAGUUAAAGAAUGCAAGAAAGAAAGAACGAGACCUGAACAAGUUGGUCAAGGAGGGACCAAGGAGAGCAGAGACGGCACCUGAUCAACCUGUUGAGUCGACGCCAGUGCUGGGUUCUCCCGGCACGGGUGGAAAGAAAGGCGUCAGGUCCCCAUCUGCCCUUCACUUGGGGAAAAAGCAGAAUUUUGCCAAGAGUCGUAUUUUCACGCAAGAAGCCUUUCGCGCCAUCAGUGCUCCGUCUGAGGUUGCGUCGACAUCAUAUGUCCCACUCUCGCCAAGCCCCUUGCCACCGCUACAGGAGUCCUUUAAGUGUGCUUCUGUUUUGACGCGAAAGACUGCCUUUGGUCUCCCUCUGGAGCAUGCCAAUCGGCCGGUCUCAAUUGAGUAUGAGCAUCUUUUACAGUUUGUGAAAGAGCAGAUUAUCACACAACAGCAGGCGGAUGGACUGUGGCGCCUCUUCACCAAUGAAGUGUCACCACUUUCACUCCUCCGUCGGCAGUCGGGGGGUGCCCGUGUCGUCGGGGGUCCGGUGGUGGUCGACAACAGCACCUUCCUGCCACGUGAGAAAUCACCACCUGAGUUGGAGCACGACAUUGCGGUUCAAGACGAUGAAAUUGAAAAGGAACAAAGUGACGAAUUGGAGACGGGGUUCGAUAACGGCAAGGCGCAUUAUGGCGAAGGCAUUUCAGACGAGCCAGACACCUUUGAGACAUUUGCUGAACUCCACUUGGAGGAAUACCUGUCCCAGGAGGAGUCAGAUGCCGAAUGA